AUGGAAGUGGUUGAUGUCACAGGCAAGACGGACGACGACGAACUGUUGUUUAAGAGUGAUCAUCAACCCAAAGAAGACUGGAAUUUAUUUAUGCUUAACAAUCUGAGAUCUAAUUUGGAGUAUUCCAUGGUUUCCACUUCUUCCUCUGUUGUCAAUCAGACAAUCCACCGGAAUGUUUCCAAUAAUUCUCUACCGGUACAGACGAUGGACAAUUUGAAAAAGAAGAAAACGGCAGGUCGAAGAAAGGUGGCAAUGAAAAAGAUUGAAGAUAAAAGAAAGCGCCAAGUUACAUUUUCAAAGCGCCGACAAGGCCUCUUUAAGGCUGCGAGUGAGGUGUGCGUACUCUACGGCGUGGAGAUCGCCAUUGUUGCCAAGUCUCCUGGCAACAACUUCUUCUGCUUCGACCAUCCCAACUCGGACUCCGUCAUCGACAGCUACCUUGCAAGCCAAGGCUCUCCAGUAGUCGAGGGUUCUCCUCGGCCAGCAUGUGGCGGCAGCGGAGGGUCCUGGUGGGAGCAGCCCAUUGAUGCAAUGACAUUGCAAGAGUUGGAGGAAUUUCAAGCCGAGUUGGAGCAAUUUCAAGUUGAGUUGGAGAAUUUGAAACAAGAAGCUUUGGGCAUAUAA